AUGACAAUUCGUGGAGUAGCCAUUCAUCAACCACCUUUCGUAUUUAUUAACAGAAACGAAACUUCUCAAGAUGGAAGAUAUUAUGGAUUUCUCAUUGAUAUAUUCAGAGAAAUUACAUCACGAUUACACAACGUAUCACUCGAGCUCUAUGAAGUAGAAGAUGGUUUAUUCGGAAGUAGACAACAAGUCAAAACUUCUGAUGGCACUUUACAAUAUGUUUGGAAUGGAAUGAUUGGAGAUUUGAUAAGUGGAAAGGCACAUGUUGCUGUUGGACCACUUUCAGUUUCAUCUGUGAGAUAUCCUGUGAUACAAUUCACACCAAGUUAUCUGGAUACUGGUUUAUCAAUUUUGGUACCUAAAGCUGACGAAUCUGAUAAUCCAUUCUCAUUUCUGAAACCAUUUUCGUAUGAAGUUUGGAUUCUAAUAUUGGUUUCAGUCUUUCUCAUUGGCAUAUUUUCAUGGAUUUUUGAUAGAUUAUCACCAUUUGGUUAUUCUAAACUUGAAUCUGAAGAUAAUGACAAGAGUAACUUGACCAUAUCUUCAAGUUUUCUCAAUUCCAUGUCAACAAUCACAGGAAUUUCAGGAGGUGAAACUGGCAGAAGUUGGAGCACGCGUAUCAUGAUGAUUGGUUACUUUAUCUUUGCCAUGAUUUGCUUGGCAACUUACACUGCAAAUUUGGCAGCUUUUUUAACAACCAAAAUUCAGGUAACAAAAAUUACUUCACUCUCCGAUUUGAGAAAGUAUGGAUUUAAAUUUGGAGUUCCAGCUAAUUCUGACCCUGCUGAGUAUAUUAAAACAUCGAAUGAAAUGGCAGAUAUUAGAAAGAAUAUGAUUCUUUAUCCUGAUUUGGAUGGUUGUGUGAAUGCAUUGAGGAAGAAUGAGAUUGAGGCAAUUAUUUGGGAUAAUACAAUCGUGGAGUAUGUGGCCAAUCAGGCUCCUUGUGAUACACUCAAAGUUGGUGAGCUAUUCGAUCAAAAGAAUAUGGCUUUGGCAAUUUCUAGAAAUAUGACAGCUAGUCCAGAUCAGAAAUUAAUGGAAGAUAUUUCUGUAAUUUUAUUGGAAUUAAGGGAGAGUGGAGUUGUGAAUCGAUUGUUUCAAUCGUGGUGGGUUGAUAAGGGAAGUUGUCAUUCUGGAGAGGAAGAAGUCACAAUUUCGUCUGGAAUUACAAUUCAUGAUUUUUGGGGAAUUUUCUUAUUAUUGAUUAUUUUCUUUGUGUUGGCUUGGUUGGUUUUGUUCUUUGAGAUGAUUUUCAUUAAAGUGUUUAGAAAGACUGCCAAUAUUCGAAAGGUCAAUAAGGUUAUGGGAUCUUUAAAUGAUUGUCUUGGAGGAACUAAUUUGGAAUCGGAUAAAAAAGAAGAAAAACCAACUUUUGGAAAUAGGGAAAUGAAUGUUUCAUUAAUGAAUGAUGGGUUUUAA